CAGACAUUGUGCGAAACAGUUCACUACUCGCUUUAGCAUUUUGUGCCGCUCGUGACGUCGGUUAAGUGGAGCCAAGCCCAAACACAUUACAUACACACGUUCAUACAUAUGCACAUAAUUUUGCAUAGUUAAAGCAAACUGCAGAGCACAAGAAAAGGCAUAGGAAAAAAUCGUGUCAAACUAAUCACAUUUGUGAACGAGCCCCUGAAUCUGGGCGUUGGUUAGGACUGAAGAAAGAACUUGCCACGCUUGCUGCCACAGUUAGAGUGUGUUUAAAUACAGUUCUUGUUAAUAAUCUUGAGUCGGCUUGAACUCGGCAACGCUAGCAAUAAUAACAUCAGGCACAUAAUGGAUAGCGUAAAAUCGUUUUUUGCAAACUCCAACAAAGAAAACAAUCUCGGAAAUCGGCAACAACAAAAUGGACUCAAUGCCAUUACAGGUCGUUGGCCGCGCUGGAACAGUCAGUUGCAUGCUGCGGAUGCCAGCUCUGGAAAAUCGGCCAUAAAGAACAUAAAUCAAUAUGAUCCCAAACGCAAGGAUAGCGACAAUUAUUUUUACAUAAUGUGGCGUGCUUAAAGAGUCGAAAACACACAUCUACAACGGUCAAUGAGAACUUAAGAUUAUGUGACGUGACAUAUAAGCCUAAAGCCUAAAGUGACCUGCAGAGAUUUUUAUUUGAAACUUAUUGGAAACAUCGGCGCGAUAAACUUGUUUUGGUUUAUUGCAUUAUCUCCCCGCCAGGUGUUUAGUGAUAUUAGCUAAUAAUUUAUAACACUACAAGUUUGCGGAUCGAAACUGGCAACCGUUGUUCUUAUAUGGACGCCUUUACAGUUUUCAACAUUAUUUACUGGAUAAUCUGCAUGAUAUUGUUCGGACCUAUAAUGUUCUUUAUCAGCGUCUAUUUGCCGGAACUACCAGUGCGAUAUGUGAAGAGCAUGAGACAAUAUACAUAAAAUUCCAUACAAAUACAUAGAAUUUAAAUACCUGUCAUACCUAACUUUUAAACAUGAUCUUGAUGUAUAUAUAUAGCUAUACUGUAUUCUGUACAAUAAACAAAUUGAUAUAUAAGAUGA